AUGGAGGACUCCGUGGCCUACAUGGCGCGCGCGACGCUGGCAGCCACGCAGACGCGCCACAGCCUGCGCUUCCUGCGCCAGCGCCUGUCCGCCCGCUUCGGCUCCGCGGUCUGCGGCUGGCGGCGCGCGCUUGGCGCCGGCGGACGGUUGCUGGCGUUCGGGCGACUCCGGGAGGCUUGCAAGACGUUGAAGUUCAAGGAUCAGAUCAUGGAGUAUUGGUCCGAGCUCGACGCGAGCUACGGCGGAUGCAUCUCUCUCUUCGAGCUGGACCCGGAGGGCACGGCCCUGCUGGCCAGGCUCCGCGAGCGGUUGCUCACCUCGGCCGGCAGCGCCGACCCCGCCGAGAUGCACCGGCAGCUGGCGGUGCUCGGCCAAGGCCGUGAGGGCGCCCCGCUGUCGGCCGCAGAGUUCCGGGCCGCCGCACGCGUGUUGGGCUUCUCCGCCACCGAGGCCGAGCGCUUGUUCGCGCACCUGGACACCGGGGGCGGCGGCCCGAGCGAGGAGCCCGGCUGGGUCACCGCGGUGGACGUCGCUUGGCUGAAGCGGUUGCCCAGCUUGGUGGACUUGGGCGCCUUGGCGCUCUCGCCGGGAGAGGGCGCCGCGGGUUCGCCGCGGGGAUGGCGGGCGGCAGCGGGCAGCCGGCCGCAGCUGGUAUCGGGCCUCUUCAACCUCCUGGACAACGCGGCGUUGUCGGGCGCGGGCGCCCUCGACGCCCUGGGCCUGCCGGGCGCGGGCGCCGUGCCGCCGCGGCGGCUAGGCCCAGCCCAGCUGCGCCGCUACGCGUGCCUCUGCGGCUUCGAGGGCACCGACGAGGAGUGGAGCGAGGAGUUCAAGGCGAUCUGCGAGCGCUACGAGUGGAACGCCAGCAUCGGGGCCGAUGCCCGGCAGUUCUCCCAGCUGGUGGACGACCUGGAGGGCGGCGGGUACUGCCCCACGGACAAGCUGCACGACAUGCUGGCCGGAGUAGCCCUGGUGGAUACCACGAAUUCUCCGUGCGCAAGAAUUGGGAGCUGGCAUUCCUACCGUUAUGAGCACCGGUCACAGCAGGCGACUGGGCACCGGGAGGCGCUGACAGCGGCGCUGUUCCACGAGCUCGACGCCCAGAGUGCCGGAUUGCUUGGACCGCAGCAGGUCCGGCGCUUCGCCGAGCUCUGCGGCUUCAGCGGCGGGGACCGCAGGUGGGCCGAGGAGUGGAAGGCAAUGUGCCACACCUUCGACUGGAACCCCUCCCAGGGCCUCGACUUGCACCGAUUCACGCAGCUCGUGGAUAGCGACUUGGUCGUCUACUCCGACGACGACCUGCAAGACCUGCUGUCGCAGCAGCGGCUGCGGGAGGCCGCCAGCGGAUUUUCCGGACGCGCCGCUGCAGGCGGCCCCGCCGCGGGCGCCGCAGGGCGGCAGAGGGCGCGCUGGCUGCAUCAGCCGGGGACGGGCCCUGCCUCUUCGUCGAAGGGCUCCCCGUCGGGUGCUCCGACUCCGACCUGCGGGCCUUGGUGGAGCAGGUGGCCUUCCGCGCCCCCGCGGAGUCCCGCAUCACGGCCUGCAAGGUGUUCCCAGGCCUCCCAUGCGGCGCGGUCUGCCUGGGCUCCUCGCAGGCCCUGGGCGAGGCCGUCGCCAGCUUGCACGGGCGCAGCGUCCAGGAUUGGCCAGAGCCGCUUCAGGCGCGGCUGGUCGACCCGCGGCUGGAAGACCCGCUGGCGCCGCCCCCGCCUGGGCCGGGGCGGCGCGGAUCGCCGCGGGACCGCUUGA